UCUUUUCCUUAGCCUUCCUUUUGUGUUUCAGAUAGUUCACUUGAUCUUUGUCUCUUACUUUCCUUUCCAUUAUCAUGGUCCACUUCCUAAGUUCAGUGCCUUCAAACGAAAGCAGCAAGGGCGCUUCUGUUCCUAAAAGCAUAGACAAAGCAUGCCCAAGGGCUCCUUGGCAGCCUGUGAGCUCAGAUAUAAAGGGUGCAGCAGUGGUUGUAAGUGAGGAUCAGGUGAGGGGUAUCUUUAAUCGCUUUGAUGCUAACAAAGACGGCCGUCUUAGCAAGCAAGAGCUGAAGGACGCCUUUGCCAGUCUGGGUUCGCGUAUGCCUGGCGUUCGAGCAUGGCUAGCGCUACAACAUGCGGACGCCAACGGAGAUGGGUACAUCAGCGAGGCAGAGUUUGACAAGCUUGUUAAAUAUACUUUGAAACGUGGUUACAUUUUCAAAUAGACCAUCCGUAGUUACAAGAGGUAAAAUGGUUUCGCUAGGUACUACUAGAGUAGAAGGGGCUUGCUAACUUUGCUUUUGGCUAGAAAAGGGGGGAAGAUAUAAUAUAGGUUUUCUCCCCCUAGGCUAAGAUGAUGUAUUUUAAUUUGUGUAUAUUCAUCUUAGCCAGUCUUCUCUUUCUGUUUUCUAGAUGUUUUCUGGUGUGGGGAGUAGGUUUGUGUAUUUGUAGGUCUACCACUGUAAUGGAUCAGUAAUUCGAUAUA